CGCCACACCCGGGCCAGUGUCCCACCCGACGUUCUGUAGCGUGAACACCAACGCCUCAUGCUCAGAGUUGAGCUGUAAACACAACCGUGCAAACCUUGCAAAACUCAAAGCAUGUCACUUGCUGUCGUUACCGCCGCUCUUGCUGUCCUCGCGAUUUCCUGCACGGCAGCGGCAGCGGCGGCGGCGGGGGACACCGUCUCGGCGCGGCAGCCGCUGCGGGGCAACGAGACGGUGGUCUCGGUGCAGGGCAAGUUCGAGCUGGGCAUCUUCAGCCCCGGCGGCUCCGGCCUGUUCUACCUCGGCAUCUGGUACAAGAACGUCCCCGUGCAGACCGUCAUUUGGGUCGGCAACAGAGUCAGUCCCCUGUCCAGCGCCGCCUCCGCGGAGCUCCGGGUGUCCCCCGACGAUGGCAACCUCCAGCUCGUCGGGCUCAGCCAAUCCUCUGCCUCGCCGGGCGUCGUGUGGUCGUCCAACCUGUCGUCCCCGUCGGCGUCGGCGUCGCCAGGGUCGAAUGUCGCGGUGAUUCGCGACAACGGCAACUUGGUCCUCCUCGACGCCGGCAACUCCUCCAACGUGCUGUGGCAGAGCUUUGACCACCCGACGAACACGCUGGUGCCGGAGGCGUGGCUCGGGGAGAACAAGCUCACGGGCGAGUACCAGACGCUCACGUCGUGGCGCAACGCCGAGGACCCCGCGCCAGGGAUGUUCACCGACACGGUGGACACCAACGGCAGCAGCGAGUUCUUCUAUAUCUGGAACGGGUCCCGCGCGUACUGGCGCAGCGGCGUAUGGACGGGGCGCGUCUUCGCGAACCUGCCGGAGGCGGUCAGAAACGUGCUCUUCAACCAGACCUACGUCGAGACGUCGGCGUACAGGCGCGUCACCAGCGUGCUCUACAACAACGCGACGAUCACGCGCAUGGUGCUCGAUCUCACGGGCCAGACGAAGCAGUACAUCUGGGUCCCCGACAGCCAGAGCUGGCAGCUCUUCUGGGCCGCGCCCACCGUGCAGUGCGACGUGUACGCGCUCUGCGGCCCCUUCGGCGUCUGCAACCAGAGGAGCCAGCCGCCGUGCCAGUGCCCGCCCGGAUUCGCUCCGGCGGCGGAGAGGGACUGGGGCCUCAGCGAUUGGAGCGGCGGGUGCCACCGGAGCACGCCACUUCAGUGCAUGGGCAACGGCUCAACUGACGGGUUCCUGGAGCUGCCAGACAUGAAGCUCCCCAACGACUCGCUGGCGGUGAGCACCCAGAGCAAAGCAGAGUGCGAGUUGGCUUGCUUAAAGAACUGUUCUUGCCAGGCUUACACCUUCUCUGGCGGCGGUGGCUGCGCCGUCUGGCACGACGGCUUCCGCAACCUUCAGCAGCUGUACGCAGAUGCCGGAGACUCGUCAUCGAGCCUGUAUCUCCGGCUGUCGGAAUCCGAAUUGGGACAUGUGCGCGGCGCGAACAGGAAGAACAGAAGCUUAUUGCUUGUUGUUGGCAUCGUUUUGGCUUGCCUUGCAGCAUUGGGUGCAUCGGCAGUCAUAACCUGGAUCCUUGUACGCAGGAGGAAACGACAGACUAACAUGGCAAAUCAGAAGGGCUCCUCUUUGCACGUUUACAGCUACGGAGACCUUCGCGCCGCCACGAAGAACUUCUCAGAGCAGCUGGGCAGCGGAGGCUUCGGCUCGGUGUACCGCGGCGUCGUGAACGGUCACACCGAAUUGGCUGUCAAGAAGCUGGAGGGCCUUCGGCAGGGUGACAAGCAGUUCCGGACGGAGAUCAACACGCUAGGCCUCAUCCAGCACGUCAACCUCGUCCGGCUCGUCGGAUUCUGCUCAUCGGGGGACGAGAAGCUGCUCGUCUACGAGUACAUGCCCAAUGGCUCACUGGAAGCCUACCUCUUUAGGAGCAGCUCGUGCCCGAGUUGGCGCGACCGCUACGGCAUCAUGCUCGGCGUCGCCAGGGGACUGGCCUACCUGCACGAGGGAUGCCGCGAGUGCAUCAUACAUUGUGACAUCAAGCCGGAGAACAUACUGCUUGACAAGGACUUGUGCCCAAAGAUCGCGGACUUCGGAAUGGCGAAGUUGGUGGGGAGGGACUUCAGCCGGGCCUUGACGACGAUGCGGGGCACCAUAGGAUACCUCGCGCCUGAGUGGAUCUCCGGGCUACCGAUCAGCGCCAAGGUGGACGUGUACAGCUUCGGGAUGGUGCUGUUCGAGCUCAUCUCGGGGCGGCGCAACAGCGAGGGCUACGGCAUAGGCCACAACGGCGACGAUGCAGAGGCUGAGGCAGGGCAGCGUCCCUUGACGUUCUUCCCGGUUUGGGCCGCGGGUAGAGUGGCGAAGGGAGGCGCAGACGCCGUGGCGGACCCGCGGCUGCACGGCGACGUGAGCGAGGAGGAGCUGGAGCGCGCCUGCAGGGUGGCGUGCUGGUGCAUCCAGGACCAGGAGGCGCAGCGGCCGACCAUGGCGCAUGUCGUGCAGGCGCUGGAGGGCGUCGUCGACGUCUACGUGCCGCCGGUGCCGCGGGCACUGCAGCACCUCGCGUCGCUGACAUGAUACUCGUAGAAAUGUGACGUCUUUGUGGUGUACAGAUGAAUUGAAGGAAAAAAAACUAUUGAUGGUACUGUCAAAUGUGUAUUGGUGAUCGCCAAAGUCGCCAAGGUUUGUCACCUGUCACUAUUUGAGUGUAACCCUUCUCCUUUCUUUUCUAUUAUGCGAGGUAGAGCAAAAGGAUUGUGAUGGCUUGACUCCUUUGGCCUUAAAUAGUUUUAUUUAAUGCUCCUUUUGGCUUUUAUAAGUUGCACACUUGCACCCUGCUGCAAGCCUCUUUCU